AUGCGCGAAGUGGCCAAGGUCUCCGAGGAGUGUUUGAGCUAUAAAAACUGCACAAUGAGCGAGAUGAUCGAAAUGAAAGAUCUCGUUUUUGCUUUGCAACGUAAGUAUUCGCGAGUCUGUAAUCCUAGCAGAACCUUUCACUCAGAGUUCGACGCAUUCGGAAAGCCUCCAGCCGAUCUUCUAGACUUGAACACCUUUUUCGAGGGAUCUUACGAAGAAUGCCAGGUGGUCAGUGGAAAGAAAUACUCGACCAGUUACUGUUAUCUGGUGAUCCAUUUCGGAUGGAAUGCCACGUGUCCAGUGCAUCCAAUAGACACUUUCCAUAAGCUGGCAGUGCCCAGGCUUGCAGUCUGUAUGCCCAUGUCUUGCGCCGAAAACGAUCUCGUGGAGGUGUUCAAUCAGAUGACACCGUUCCCGUUGACCGCUUGCGAAGCGCAUUGCGCAGAGAAGAAGAUCGAAAAGGGAUGGGCGUUCUACGGGUUUUCGUGAGUUUCUGGGAAAAAUAAUGAGACUUCUGGAGGACUUUAGAGCUUUCAGUACCUUUCUGAUGACUAUGAUUUUGCUUGCUUCGUCCGCAACACUUGUCGACUACUUUCGGGAGAGAGAAAUCGGAAUGUCUUCAGUGAACGAACGAGCUUACUGUAUAAACAUUUCCCCCCGCUUCGGAUGUGAGCAUAAUAAUCUUUUUCCAGUUCUCCGAAUCUUCCUCUCGUUCUCGCUCUGGAGCAACUCCGAAAUGAUACUGUCCGUCAAAGAGCACAAGCCCGGCUACAUCCGCUCUCUCGACUGUAUCCGCGCGCUCUCCAUCGUCUGGAUCGUCUCCGCCCACUCGUACAACUUCCACUUUCCGAACAACAUCCUCGGCGGCUCGAUCGGCUACUUCGGAUACCCGUCGGUCCCUCGGCAUCUCAUUCUCAACGCCUUCUUCUCCAUCGACACCUUCUUCAUUCUCUCGGGAGUCGUCGUCGCUUACCUGUUCUUCAGAUCCAAACCGAAAAGACAACUAUUCUGA